ACGCCCACGCCACGUAGCUAGCUAGAGUAGCUCAGCUAGAAAAGUGGCGCUGCAGGAGGCUUAGUUAGUCACACAGCUUAUAGGAUUCCUGGAGACUAAAGCCAGCUUGCAAAGAUCUGCACCGACAAUGGCCACGUACAAGCUGACCUAUUUCCCGUGCAAGGCUCUCGGAGAACUGGUUCGGCUCGUUUUCGUCCAGGCAGGUGUCGAGUACGAAAACAACAGGCUCGGAUUUUUCCCUUUUGGCUCUGCUGAGUGGUCCUCCAUGAAGAAGACUCUACCAACCGUUGGCCAAACUCUCCCCAUUCUGGAAGUUGAUGGAAAAACACUCUCGGGACAUGUAUGCAUUUCUCGCUACCUUGCAGAGAAAUUUGGACUAGCAGGAAGACGAGUGAGGAGAAUGCAGAGCUGGCUGGUAUUGUUGACUCAAUGGCUGACGGCUGGUGUGCAGUACUACUGGCCAACUUCAAACAGAAGAACGAAGAGCUAAAGGAGGAGAAAUGUAAGGAAGUCUACGGGACAUAUCUCCCAGCACUAUUCUCUCAGGUCACUCUGUGAUUGAGAAGAACGGCCAGCAAGAAGGAUGGAUCUGGGGACAAAAGCUGACAUAUGCAGAUUUGGCUGUCUACCACUUGUUCUCCCACGUGGUCAGUAGUGACGAGACCGCACCGGUACGGUACCCCCACAUCGCCCGUCUCUACCACAGCAUCGAAUCACAACCACGCAUCGCAAAGUGGCUCAAGGAACGACCGCAAGAUUUAAUAUGACAAUUAUUUCGGACUUUUUGACAGUAUUUUUUAAAAACGAG